AUGAGUUCAAAUAUGGCUGAACGUGAGGAAUUAUUGAAUGGCGACGAUGUUUCGAUCAGUUCGAUUCAGCCUAUUGUAUCCGAUAUCGCUUUAGAUGAUGAUGGAGAACAAAACGAUAAAAUCCAAGGAUAUCCAGUCGUUGAUGAGAGUGAUAAAGAUCCAAUUGUUGAUGAAAGGGUAAAAGAUCCAAUUAUUGAAAAAUAUCACAAUGCUUGUCAGUUUGGGGAUUUGAAGACGGUGAAAGAGAUGGUUGAAACAGGUGUAAUUGAUGUGAAUCAAGAUUGGGAUAGUAGGGAAAAAGUGUCUGGUUUACAUUGGGCAAGUGUCAAUAAUCGGCUGAAUAUUGUUAAGUAUUUGAUAAGCCAAGGUGCAGAUGUAAAUAUGAAGGGAGGAGAUUUGGAGGCAACUCCGUUGCACUGGGCUUCCAAAUCAGGAUAUGUUUACAUUGUUCACUGCCUAUUAGAGAAUAAUGCUGAUCCGACAAUAUAUGACAAACAAGGCUACAACUUACUUCAUACAGCUACAUUUUCAUCGAAUAUUAUGUUAAUUCUGUAUGUUCUUUUUACUGAGAAAAUCCAUAUCGAUAGCCCAGACCCUACUGGUAAAACGCCAUUGCAUUGGGCUGCAUAUCAAGGUGAUUCGUUGACUGUCGAGGCCCUAGUUAGAUUUGGAGCUAAUGUGAAGGUUUUGGACUCAAAUGGGUUCACACCAAUCCAUUGGGGCACUGUAAAUGGCCAGUAUAAGGUUCUAAAAGAAUUAAUUGAGCAUGGAAGUGAUGUAUUUCAAAAAAACAAUGAUGGCAAAAAUUGUUUUAAUAUAGCCAAGGAGAUGAAAACAGAAAGUAGUUUGGAGACCGCUUUGUAUGAGUGUGGGUUCAAUAAAAAUGGGUUUGCAAUACGGAAAUACUUUAAAAAUUCAAUGCAUGCAAAGACAAUUACUUUUGUCACUCCUGGUAUUGUGUUACCACUAAUCAUUGGGUCUUUCGCCCAUUAUAGUAUUUUAUUUGCACUGCUAUUCUCAAUUUCUAUAAUAGGACUAGUACGCUAUCUUUUAUUCAACUUUGUGUUUCCUUCUUACAUUUUAAAACGACAUGGCACGAUUCACAACACCCCAUUACUCUCUGGAUUGUUAGCUGGAACCAUCUUCUGGAUGUUUUUCAUAUGGAUCACUAGAAACACCCUGAAAUAUCACAAAGGAGUGUAUGCUAAUAUUAUUCUUCCGGUGCUAUUCAUAACUGUUAGCUCUCUGCUUGUGAUACUUAUGCAGUCGGACCCUGGCAGUAUUCCAGCUUCAUCUGAUCCCAAGGAAAUUCGCGCCACCAUGAGUGAAUUAUUGCGUAUUGGGAAGUUUGAUGCAAAACACUUUUGCAUUCAUUCAUGGGUCAGAAUUCCAUUGAGGUCAAAGUACAAAACUGCACGAAAUGUUUUGAUAGCAAGAUAUGACCACUAUUGUCCCUGGGUGUAUAACCAAAUUGGCUUCUGCAAUCAUAAAAUAUUCCUGUUUUUUAUCAUGUUUUUGCAAAUUGGAGUAUUUAUCUUUGUAAGGCUAAGCAUACGUUACUUUGAACUUGAAUGGCAAAAUCUGGAUGACAUACAAAUGGACUGUCGUUCGAGUUUCUGCCCUCAAUUAUGUAAGGGAUACUAUUUGGACCCUUUCCACUCUUUCAUGCUUGCCUGGGUGUGUUUCCAAACAAUGUGGGUUGUAGCAUUGACGUUCGUUCAAAUCUUUGAAGCUAGCAAAGGUGUCACUGACUAUGAAUAUCGUUUGUGGGUUCGCAAACGCAGAGGCAUCUCUAUUUCCGAGGAAACCUUCAGUUCCGUCCCAGAAGAGCUUAUUGAAGAAGAUGAUAGCGAGGCAUCCGAAGUUAUAGUCCAAAGUAAUCCCAACUCCGAACAUAAACAGUGCGGUGGCCUAAUGUCUAGCGUCAUGGGUUGCGAUAUGUUCAUCAACAUUGUGAAAUCAUUGAUAAAAAAGCAAACCCAAGAUAAUUCCACUCGCUUAUCAAGGAAUCUUGAGGUAACUGUUCCAAUAGAAACAAACUACGGUUGGAGACAGAACUUGCAAGACUUCUGGCUGACAAGUGACCUGUCAGCGCCAUAUUGGCGUAGGUUUUUCCUUCCACCUGCAGGCUCCUUCGGCUUGUUAAAUGGCGAAGUAGUCGACUAUUAUAAGUUAUACAAGCUUCCAAAACGCACAAUAUCUGCUGAAGAUAUAGUAUAA